AUGACACUUGUGGAUGGCGAGGGUCGUCACCGCAUGAAGGGCUUGUGGGGGGGCAGGAACCAACACGGAGGAGUGCCAGGAUGCGCUAAUCCCUCUAACGCCCUCGAGGACCGCGCGGGUGUUGUAAUGACGCUUCUGCGGGCGCCAGGAGCGUCUGCCCGAUACAGUGGCGAUCGACCAGCACGCGCAAGGAUUGCGAGCGGCAAAAACGGCCGACUAGAUCCAGUUCCAACCGCGUUCUCCGGCCUCGCGAUCGGAAGUGCGCUGGGCUGGACGGGAUGUGUUAUUCUUGACUGUGAGUUUCUGAGAACAAUUCAGGACUCAAACCACACGUCGUCAGCAUUGGGAGGGAAGCAGAACCAAGUGGAGAUGGAAGGCACUCUUGGUCGCUCUGGCGCGUUCAAGACGCGGUCACGUGGACCGAAAUCACGCAAGACGGGGAAUAAAUUCUACUGGUAA